UGCCGAAUACAGUGGUUGGAAAGCCACAAUGUCCUAGAUCACGUGCACCCAAACUUCUCAACUUUAAAGUGCGAGAGAUUGCCAAGAUCAUUAUCUUAUUGCACAACAUGGCUUCAGUAGAAGGGGGCGGGCUUUCAGUAGGCUUGGAACUAGCUUCUGCUACAGAUGCGACUGUGCUCGGUGCUGUCAGCACUGAAGCUGGUUACAGCUUCGGCGUUUUGCAACUUCUGCGACCUGGUGUUCAAGAAGCAAUUUUGGCCGGCGAUCAGUCGGUUGGACAGUCAUUCUUUCCUAGCGAUCUGCAAGUGACAAACGCGACUUACGCGGGGUUUGUCUUGGGUGGAAUCUCCGCUUGUGAUGCACUGGACUCUGGAGUAGAAAUUCUGCAGCAGAAAUGUGAAGCACUCGUCAAGCGACAAGUGCAAUGGGCCACCCACUUGGGCUUAUCUGCUGUAUUAUUUUCAUAUCCAACUACGGGAGCGGGUGUAAACUUUGCGAGAGCCGUGAAUCAUACGCUGUCGAUGUUAUCUUAUACGCAGGCUUGGGUGCGCAUUUGCAUAGAAAGCGAAGAUGGGGACUCGUGGAAGAAAUGGAACCUUUUGCGCACCCUAUGUGAACACAAUACGAAGCUUUCCGUUGCGUUGGAGCUUCCUGCCGAACUGCCUGAAGAGUCAUUACUACUGCAAUGGCUGGCUGAACCAGUGAAAGCUGUUAUUCUGCCAACUUCGGCCUUCAUAGCGAACAAUAGAGGAUUCCCGGUCUUAAGCAAGCGACAUCAGUCGUUUGUUCGGAAACUGAUGGAGCAAAAUGUUCAAUUUGUCGUUAGCGCGAAAUCAGCGGACGAAAAUAUUCACCCGUCAGGAGGGCUUCCAGCAUAUCAGCAGUAUAUCCAGCACCUAUAUCGAACGCGACCGGAGCCAGAUGUUGUCGACAAAUUUGCCAGUGGCUAUCAUGAUUACUUGCAGCAGCCCUUACAGCCGCUGAUGGAUAAUCUGGAAUCAGCGACUUACGAGGUCUUUGAGAAAGAUCCAAUCAAAUAUCAAGAAUACGAGAGGGCAAUAUAUAGAGCUUUGCUCGACCGAGUGCCUGACGGUUCGGAUAGGGUGACGGUUAUAAUGGUGGUGGGGGCAGGAAGGGGGCCCUUGGUACAACGUGCUCUUCAAGCCGCUGUAGCUUCAAAUCGCAAGGUCAAAGUCUAUGCGAUAGAGAAGAAUCCGAACGCUGUUGUUACUCUGAGAUGCAGAAAGGAAUCUGAAUGGGAAGACCUAGUUGAUGUGAUCCAUUGCGAUAUGCGAUACUGGGAGGCUCCAGAGCAGGCGGACAUUUUGGUCAGUGAACUUUUGGGAUCCUUUGGAGAUAACGAGCUGUCGCCGGAAUGCUUGGAUGGAGCUCAACGCUUUCUCAAAGAGAACGGAAUUUCAAUACCAUCCAGUUAUACUGCAUUUGUUUCCCCCUUAUCGUCGACCAAGUUGUACCACGAAGUCUCUUCUUACGGUGACAAUGCUCAUUUGGAAACGCCAUAUGUGGUGAAGUUCCGAGCGGUCCACGAGCUAGGCGCGCCACUUCCUGUGUGGACUUUCGAACAUCCUCAUCGCGGACUGAAGUUGGAACCAGGAAGCCCCAAUUUUAAUGAGCAUAACAACCGAUACUCAAAACAAAGAUUCCAAAUUUCACAGGAUGCGAUGAUGCAUGGUAUUGCAGGUUAUUUCGAGGCUAUCCUUUACAAAGACGUAAUGAUCAGCAUCCAUCCAAAAACGCACUCUCCUGGAAUGUUCAGUUGGUUCCCCAUUUUCUUUCCCUUGAAGGUGCCGCUUUACCUGUCAACCGGGUCAAGCAUAGAGUUGCAUUUCUGGCGGAUGUGCGACGCGAGGAAGGUCUGGUACGAAUGGGCGGCUGUCCCCGUUCUACCUGCUAGUGAUUCUACCCCUGAGACCGCACUGGUUGGAGGGGCAUCGACCAUUCACAAUAUCGGAGGACGUUCAUAUUGGAUAGGCCUCUGAUUUGUUAUUUAGACACUAUAUAGUACAUUCCUGUAGGCGGCCUCUAAAGGUAGCGGCAAGAAAAGAUUAUGUAACUAUGCUAAAUUCUAUAUACAAGAUGCUUUUGCUCUAAAUCUGA